CUUUGUGUUAAUAAGAUGGACAAGAGCGUAGCAAACAUGACAACCUUAUACGUUAGAAUUCGAGGUUUCUUCACGAAUUUCGACGUCUAUGUUCGACCCCUGCUAGCUUAUGUCCACACUAAAUGGAAGGUUUGGACGAAGAUGACUGAAAUACUGAAUCAGCAGUUUGGCAUACGUGAAAACGCAGAGGAUGAAAAACUAAGCCAGAAGAACGUAACGAAGGUGAUGGAAAUACUAGGACUAAAUUAUGAUCCAGUUGGAGGGGAUCAGAUGCCGGAGAGAAUCGGUGCAGAUGAACUUUCACAACUAUUUGAUCAGGAGGAUCCUUGUUUGGACGAGGUGAGGGAAGCCUUUGAAGUGUUUGAUGCGAACAAAGAUGGAUUUAUAGAUGCAAGAGAUUUACAGAAGGUUUUAUGCAAUUUGGGGCUAGAAAAAGGGUCAGAGGUGGAGGAAUGCAGAAAGAUGAUCAGGGCAGUGGAUGAGAGUGGAGAUGAACUGAUUGAUUUUAGCGAGUUUGUGAAGUUUAUGGAGAAGAGUUUUAAUUGCUGAAAGCCAGCUCAUGAUUGUCAUACGUUUGCUAGGUAGGUCUUAGUCUAAAUUUCCGAUAGUAGAUUUUAUUUUUAAUUUUGCAUGUAUUGUUUUUAAUGUCGCAACCUAUUUUUUUUUAAGGGCGCAUGUCUGGACUGGAUGUUUAAGAUUAUGAAUGGUAGAGA